AUGUCUCGGAAGGACAAGCAUGUACAUGGAGGAGAAGACCGAGUGUGUGUUCCUGUCUCCGUGGGGCCCCUGGGCCCCCCUAAGUGUGAGCUGGUGUGCAUCUUUGGGACAGGGGACCUGGGCCGUUCUUUGGGCCAACGUCUUCUCCAGGCAGGCUACACGGUGGUGUUUGGUAGCAGGAGACCCCACACCUGUGGCCGUCUACGGAGCACAGUGUGUGGGGACAGUGCGGAGGCCAAGCAGGGCGUGGUGGAGCUAGCCACCAGGCUGGGCCUCAGCUCACUGGACCGGGGCUGCCUUUCCUCAGCCAGGGAGCUGGAAGACAUCCCCCUGCAGCUGUUCCCUCAGUGGAGGCUGCGCCUGGCCAUCGGCCUCACCGCCUCCUUCUUCUUCUACUUGCUCACCAGAGACGUCAUCUACACAUACGCCACCCAGGGAAAAGAUGUCUCCUUCAGAAUCAUAGUAUCCCUGGCCAACAAGGUGUUCCCCAUCGUGUCUCUGAUCAUGCUGUCUUUGUGUUACCUGCCUGGUGUUCUGGCAGGGAUCCUGCAGCUCUACAGAGGGACCAAGUACAGGUCAGACACCUGCUUGAUACUCAGCACUGAUAGGCUGUAGGCCGGAGGAGAGAGGCUCUUUUCAGACAGGGUAUUGGUUAGACCUGUGACUAUAUCCCAGUCCUCGUGCCCCGCUGCCACAUGUUUUAGAUGUUUCACUGCUCCAACACACCUGAUUCAAAUGAAUGGGUCAUUAUCAAGCUCAGCAGAAUAAGGUCUGUUGGAGCAGGGAAACAUCUAAAACAUGCAGGGCAGGGGGGGCACAAGGACCAGGAUUGAGAGCCACUGGGU